GUUUUGUUUUGUAGAUACAAAACUGUCAUGGCAGAAGUUUAGAGGUUAGGUUAUAGAAGUCCCAGUUUUCGUGAAAAUUAAUGUAAAUAAACCGGUAAAACUUGUGUGAAAAUGCUUCCUACGACCGGAUUUUUUAAAGACAUCGACUGUCCUUUCUACGAGAACACGUGCGGUCGUCCUUAUUGUCAUUUUCGGCAUCGGAAGAAAAACCAGGAGUGCUCAGAAGAUUCUCAAGAUAGUACAGAGCAAUCACAAGACGUCCCAACGUAUAAUCCAACUCCGAAGAGCCAACUGCAAAACGUAAGAAGCCAUAUACCUAUUAGUUACGUUCCAGAUAUUGUAGUUAGAACAGAAAGGUCUUUCCGGAACCCUCCAACGUAUACCUUCAAUAACGUUACGUACAAACCAACCCCAAUAAGUGAAUUGUCUAAGAACAAGAGCAAUAAUGAAAGUGGUGAAGAACAAAGUCAACUUAAUAAUACAGAAUCAGAUGUUAAUGGAAUUGAUUUUGGAGAAGAUAUUGAUUUAACGAGUGAAUGUGCCCUAAUCGAUGAUAUUAUUAAUGACAAAAAUGAUGAGAAUGUGAAUAAAGUUGAGGAAAAAAAAGCUCCUGAUAAAAAUGAUAUAAAAAGUACAAAAGAAAAAAGGAAAAAAGACGAGAAAAGUAAAUCUUCAAAAUCAAGUUCUAAAUCUUCGGAAAAAUCAAGUAAAAGCGAAAAAUCUCGAUCAAAAACAGAUAGUCAUGGUAGCUCUUCCAGUGGUAAACAUAAAGAUAAGAAAAGUUCCGAAAGUAGUGAUAGUAAAAGAAGUUCAAAAAGUUCUAGUAAGCAUAAAGAUUCAAAAGAUCAUCAUAAAGACAAACAUAAAGAUCACAAUGAAAAUAGACACAAAAGUAAACAUAAAGAAAAAUCGAAAGAUCACGAUCGAGAUAAAUCAAGGCACAAAUCAAAAAUUUCCAAAGAUAAAGUGAAAAGUAGAUCAAAAGAGAAACAUCGUGAAAAGAAAAAAUCUGAAAGCGAAAACGAGGAGAAAAUCAUUACAUUUAAAGAAGAAGAGAUUAAUUAUAACGAUUUAGACGACUUUUUAGACGAUGAUGACGACGACCUUGAAAAUCCCACAUUAGAAGAGGAAUGUUAUAGAAUUUUCAAUGAGUACAAACCGGAACCGAUAAAACUUGAUCCAUCAAAUGAACUUCAAAUGCAACAAGAGUACAUUCCGACGCCGAAAAAACGAAUUGCACAUCAAGGAGCAGAUAAUAUUAUUCCUAAAAUCACUCACGAACCUCCAAAACCAUCUCAAAAUCCCGCUUUAACGAUGAUGAAUCGACUAAAGGCAGCGCGGCAAGCUCACGCCAAUAACGAGCAAAAAAAUAUUAUUUCAGAAGUAAACACCAUGAAAAGAUCAAAUUCCUCUGAAGUUGAACCCAAUAAAAGUUCGAAAAUUCAAAAAACCACAAAAGAAAUAAUUAAGGAACAACCAAAAAAGAAUACAUCUUUAAUCGAUGACAUAAUUAACGGGACAUCAUCAACAUCAACCCACGUUCCUAAAGCCUGUGAUACGCUUUUAAAACCGAAAUUGAAAAAAAUAGCACCAGUGCAAAAUGUUUAUUCGAUGCAACAAGCGAAAGCAAAAAUUGCAGAAAUCGCAAAUCGUAAUAGUAAUUCAAAAGCAACCCCUAUGCAAACAAUCGGUAAAGGUUCUAAAAGAGUUGCUCACGUUCCCGAUAUGUCAAUGAGUGAUAUACCCGAUGUUUUACAAUCGGAGAGUAAAAAAAUUCCAAUAAACAUUCGAACUAGGUAUUUAACACUUUUAGCGGACGAGUGCCUAAAAUUGUAUUUAUUAAAACAAGAUGCUUACACGCGAGCGUUAAACGAAGAGGUUAAAGUAACUGAACGAUGCUCGGCUAUUGUAACUUAUCGAAAUUCCGCAAUGUUAAGCGUAAAUAGGAUUAGGAAAGAAUUACAAGAACGCGAAGCAAAAGGUUUAGGACCUAUCUCUCCUGAUGAUACGGAUCCGAGCGAAGAAAACUCGCCGUUCAAAGGUAAAAAGUUUUAUCAAAACGUUUCUGGGUAUUUACUAACUGAGGAUGAUUUGGAUAUUCAUGGUUAUCCAAGGGAAGGUCCCGUACCCGGAAGGGCGAUAAUAAAAGCGCAAAAGUCAGUACCAAAAGUGAAUUUAAAUCCGAACCAAAGAUUAUGUUGUAGAUGUUUUAAAGUGUACAUGGUGGAUCAGAAAGGGUUUUCUCUUUACGAAGAAGAGUGUCAAUAUCAUCCGUUAAAAAAGCGGACGAUAAGAGGUGAUCGGAUUUAUUUGUGUUGUAAAAGUACCGAAGAAACAGGAUGCGCGACCGCUUCUUGUCACGUUUGCGAAACAGAAGCGGAACUCGACGGAUACCAAACGACAAUGGCACCCUCGUCAGAAAAUGAUCCGAGAUGUUCUGCCGUUUAUGCUUUAGAUUGCGAAAUGUGUUACACCACCAAAGGAUUAGAAUUAACAAGAGUAACAAUCGUUGAUUCUGAUUCAAAAACUGUUUACGAAUCUUUGGUAAAACCUCUACAUCCCAUCGUUGACUACAACACUCAAUUUUCCGGUAUUACAAAAGACCAAAUGGACAGAACCAGUACAAGUAUUCUGCAAGUGCAGGCAAACAUAUUGCAUUUAUGUAAUUCCAAGACUAUUCUGAUUGGGCACAGCUUAGAAUCGGAUAUGAAAGCAUUAAAAAUUGUUCAUUCAUCGAUUAUUGAUACGUCAGUUUUGUUUCCGCACAGACUGGGACUUCCACAUAAGAAAGCAUUACGGGUUUUGGCGAGUGAAUACUUGAAGAAAAUAAUUCAAAACGACAUUGGGGGUCAUGACAGCGCAGAAGACGCCAUCACCUGUAUGGAACUUGUGAUAUGGAAGUUAAAAGAGGACCUUAAAGUUCGCAAUGUCAAGACUUGAACGAUUGUUAGCCUUAACUCAAAAAUACUCUCUCCUCUUAAUGACUUAAAUAAUAGUCGUUUAUGUAAUUAUUUAUUUAAAGUUGUUAUUAUGUACUAAGUACAGCUAUUUGUAAGAAUUAAAAGUUAUUUUCUUUUGUAAUAAA